AGAAGCAGAGAAAGAAAAGUUCAAAGCACUCUUCGGACAAGGCCAGUCGUAUAUAAUUAAAAGAAAACAAAAAAAGGUCUUAUAUUAAGUUAUUAGAAAGUAAUUAAAUUGAAAAUUGGUCAUAGCAAUGGAUGCAAAUGCAGUUCAACAAUGUGCCUCCUCCACAUUAGAGCAAAAAGCAGCAGUAGAAGCAGCCGCCAGUGAUGGACCUGCGGAAACAUCGUCUGCAGCGGUGGCGGCGGUAAGUGAAAGCGUGUCAACGGAAAAGGUGGCCACUAAUAAGGCGGCAACAAACGCAGUGGUUAACGAGACUGCCCUGCAGAUAUCAAGUGGAGAGAAUGCAGAAAUAGAGGAAGCACCGCCAACAAAGCGACUUAAGGCGGAAUUAGAAGCUGAAAAAUCAAAGGAUGCUGAGGAGAAUGAAAGCCUCUUUGGAAAUAUGUCUACGACCUCGGUCGCCGGUUCCAUAUCAGAAGGUAGUCUAUACAACUUGCAAGCAAAAGAUCUUAGUUUAGAUGGGGUAGUUGCUUCGAACGCUACGUCGCGAAAAUUCCAACGCAUUCCCAUAUUCAUAGCCGAUUAUCACAAUGAUGUAUUGGAAUUUAUAUACCGCUGCUUGGCUACGCGCCAUUUGCCACUUCAAAAUAAUAUACUAGUGCAUUUUGAUUCGCAUCCAGACAUGGUUAUAUCUCGUGAGAUUCCGGCCAGUGCUUCCUUUGAUAAAGAAACUAUGUUAGCUGAACUUAGUAUUGAAAACUGGAUAAUGCCAGCUUGCUAUGCAGGCCAUUUUAAUCGAGUUGUUUGGCUGAAGAACUCUUGGUGCCAACAAAUUCCUCUGGGCAAAUAUAACUUUAAAAUUGGACACAAAAAUGAUAAGAUAAGCGUCGAUUGUCCACUUGACUACUUCAUAUCCGAGGGUAACUAUUGUGAUACCAAGGAAUUGCAUGAAACGCGCAACAUGGAACUACAAGUGAUCAACGUAGACACUUCCACCGAGAGUUCGCCAAUAGAUACCGAACAGUUUAUAAAAGCUACGGAUGCACCAAAUUUUGUACUAGACAUUGAUUUAGAUUUUUUCAGCACCUCUAAUCCGUUUUUGGAAAUUUAUAAAGAUGCUAACUGCUACGAACAACUCACCGACAUAUUCCACUUUGAACCAGAGGUUAAGGAUUGUGGUGGCACUACGGAACGUAGAAAACUGCAAUUGGAAGCGCUUAAAAAGAUAUUUGAGCACUUGGAAGAGGCAAGAACAUUAGAAGGGCUCGCUCCAGCGCCCGAUCCGUCUAUAAUUGCGCCAGAGACUUAUGCACGCAUUGAAAAUCUCACAAAAUUACUACAGAAGCAUUAUGCUGACGAUGAGAUAGACUGGUUGCUCAUCUAUGAUUCGGGUAGUACUACAGAUACGAAUGGUCUGCCGCAUCAUAUCAGUACUUCUAAGGAGUUGGAACAAUAUUUCGCACAAUUUAAAAAAUUGCUACAAAAUUUACCGGCACCGCCGGUGCUAAUUACAAUGGCUUGCUCGGCUGAGGACGAUUACUGCCCCAAGCAUCAAGUGAGCUUCAUUCAAGAACAGGUGUUGCAAGUAUUGCGCGAAGUAUUUGGCGAACGGUUGCAUGAUAAGCCUAUACUACAUUAUUUGGACGAGGAAUGGGAUGUAAUGCAUCUAUAAUGCGAAAACUUAGACAACGUUGCCGCAACAAUAGCAACAACAACAUUGGCUAUGUUUAAGGCUACUCGUAUUUUAGUUAAAAUGUUUAUUUGGCUUACUUCAGUAGAUACUUUUCGUUCAGUUUUGAAUUAUAUUUAUGUUAAAAAUACGGUAUUUGUGUAAACCAUUUAAACAUUUGACGAUGAAAAAGUUAUAUAUUUAAGAAACUGCGUAUUAAUUAUUUAGAUUAUUUCCUAUUUUUUUACUGAAAGUGAAGAAAUGUAACAAUUAUACCACUAAUAUUAAUGAGUAUUUGGAAACACUCUUGACUACUUAUACAUAAACAUUUAUAAAACUCGAAUUAGCGAAAUAAGUAUGAAAAUAAUAUCAAAACCCGAUAAAGAGCUCGUUGAAGCAGUAAUGUUUGGUUUCCGCCGUUAUGGAAAAAAUUACAAGGAAAUGAAACUAAUAUUUACAAUAAAACGGUCAUUAGUUAAUAAAAAGGCAAAACUUU